UAGACCUUAAAAUGCAUUUAUUUAUUUGCAACCUUCCGCCUCCACUUUAGAAAUCCCUAAACGCCCUGAGAGCUUCUUCUUGCUCCUAUACCUGCCGCCUCUUCUAGCUGUCGUCGGCGUCGGCAUCGGCAUCGGCGUCUCCUGUUUUCGUUGCAUUGCUUUCUACGGUUCACUGUCUUCUCCUGCUUCAUAUUGCACUUCAUUCGCAGUUUCGUUACGGUAGAUCGCGAAAUUGGAGGGUACAUAUCGAAUAAGCAGCACUGUUCCUUGCUGAUUUUCUGCUGUGGGAUUUGAGUUCGGUUCGUUAGAGGAGUCGCUUUCAGUGAUGGCCUUGCUGGAGAGCUGUAACAGUGUCUACUUGAAACGUUCCCAUUUUCCAGUUUACCGCUCCAAUAUCCUCUAUAGCAACAGAAGGAACUCAAACUGGAAGCCACCACAGGCUGCUGUUGUGCCCAAUGUCCACCUUCCAAUGCGAAGCUUUGAGAUGAAAAAUAGGACAUCAGUUGAGGACAUAAAGUGUUUGAGAUUGAUAACUGCCAUUAAAACUCCUUACCUGCCUGAUGGCCGAUUUGACCUUGAAGCAUAUGAUGACUUGGUGAAUAUGCAGAUUGAAAAUGGGGUCGAAGGUAUUAUUGUUGGUGGAACAACUGGUGAAGGUCAAUUAAUGAGCUGGGAUGAACACAUAAUGCUUAUUGGGCACACAGUCAACUGCUUUGGUGGAAAAAUUAGAGUUAUUGGUAACACUGGAAGCAACUCCACCAGGGAAGCAAUUCAUGCCUCUGAGCAGGGUUUUGCCGUUGGAAUGCAUGCUGCCCUUCAUAUAAAUCCUUAUUAUGGUAAAACAUCUGUUGCUGGUAUGAUUUCUCACUUCAGUACUGUGCUUUCCAUGGGGCCCACCAUCAUAUAUAAUGUGCCUUCACGAACCGGUCAAGACAUUCCUCCAUCUGUAAUUCAAACCUUGGCAAUACAAAGUGUAAACCUUGCAGGUAUCAAGGAGUGUGUAGGAAAUGACCGGGUCAAACUUUACACUGGAAAUAAAAUUGUUGUGUGGAGCGGGAACGAUGAUGAAUGUCAUGAUGCUAGAUGGGACUUUGGGGCUACUGGAGUUAUAUCUGUUGCAAGCAACCUAAUUCCUGGCUUAAUGCACGAACUCAUGUUUGGUGGUAAGAAUCCGACUCUGACUGCAAAGGUCAUGCCUUUGAUCCGCUGGCUAUUUAAUGAACCGAAUCCCAUUGCUUUGAACACUGCUCUUGCUCAACUUGGAGUUGUCAGGCCUGUGUUUAGGCUACCGUAUGUUCCUCUCCCUUUGGAGGAAAGGCAAGCAUUUGUCAGAUUGGUGAAUCAAAUUGGCCGAGAGCAUUUCAUUGGCGAUAAGCUUGAGGUUCUCAAUGACGAUGACUUUAUUUUGGUUGGUCGAUAUUAAUUUAGGCUGCUGUCUAGACUUGUUGCUAGUGUGGAAUGGAAUUUUGUAUCCUACUUAGAGACUUUAGGGUUUUCCAAAGUUCAUGACCAGAUGAUCAUUAUGUACACCUUAGAUUUGCGCAUCUUACUUUCUUGCAGUAUAAAUGACGAGACCUUAUGGAGUAUGCAGUAUGCUGCACAGACAGAAAUAGGGACUCAAGGGGGGUUGGGUGGAUCCCACUCACGAGUUCAUCCCUCACAUGUCGCUGAUACUGUGUGCAGUAGAGGGACACCACUAAUAUUUCUUUGAAACACUGUUGAGCCUUGUUUGUAGAUGCUCUGCCAGAGAACCGAAUCCACCUGCCCAAAUCAAAUCAAAGAUCAGAUUAGAUAGUUAGGACGUGGAAAUCGAAGUGAUUUUUUGGGAGAAUCACUGAGGUUCCUCAAUCCUCAUUUAAACACCACAAGGUCCAUUGAAUUAGUUGUCAAUUUCUUUUGUUAAAUUGUCAAUGGACCUUGUGGUGUUUAAAUGUGUUGUGUGAGACUUCUUUCGUCAUUUUCCUUUUCUUCGGCCUUGAACUUCAUUUCAACUUGAGUAUUUGUUAGGUUCAAACUAAUUUGGAUCAAGCAGGCAGGGCUCUUUGCCCUUUCGGAUGGCAAGCUAUGAAAGUGAAAUUUUUAUAUGGAAUAAAGCUCUUUUAGUUUCUU